CCACCCGCCCCCACCCCCGGCCCACCUUCAGUUUCCCCUGCAAGGAACCGCGGCUAAGCCCCUUCCCCUGCCCCCUGGGCGCUGCCCUCAGGCCCCGUCUGGUUCCCAAUGCACUCGUCUCUGUGGCCUCCUUCCCCCAGCUGCUCGCCUGCCGCCAUGCUGCCCCUGCGCCUCUGCCCGCGGUGGCCGCGCAACCCUCCCACCCGGCUCCUCGCGGCGGCUGCCCGGCAGCGGUCUGGCCCCAGCAACUACUAUGAACUGUUGGGGGUGCACCCUAGUGCCAGCACUGAAGAAGUUAAACGAGCUUUCUUCUCUAAAUCCAAAGAGCUCCACCCUGACCGGGACCCGGGGAACCCGACCCUGCACAGCCGCUUUGUGGAGCUGAGUGAGGCCUACCAAGUGCUCAGCCACGCGGAGAGCCGCCGGAACUACGACCUGCAGCUCCGUUCUGCCGCCGCCCCGACCCCCGGCGCCUCGGGCCCUCACAGGCCGGUGCAUCAGACAUACAGAAGCGCUUGGGAAGACCCCAAUGCAAGAUACUGGGCGCAGUUCCGUAGCGCGAGGCCGCAGGGGCCAGAGGAGAGGCGGCGGCAGCAGAAACUCAACCAGCGGGUGAUGGGGUACUGCCUGCUGGUCAUGCUGGCGGGCAUGGGCCUGCACUACGUGGCCUUCAGGAAGCUGGAACAGAUGCACCGAAGCUUCAUGGACGAGAAGGACCGGAUCAUCACGGCCAUCUACAACGAGGCCCGCGCCAGGGCCAAGAAGGCCAGGCUGCAGAAGGAACCACAGCAGAACCAGCAGCCGCCGCCCGGGCCGGUCCCGGGCCCCGAGGUCGUGCGCCCGGGCAGCAGCCCCUGAGUGCUGUCCACUCCCCCAAAGUCCUGCAAUAAAGACCUUCUCAGA